AAAAAAAAAAAAUGGCGGCAGUACAACCGCUGUUAAAAUCUCUUCCAAAGUUGCCAGCACCAUAUCUCUGGCCAACACUUUUCAAGGGCUCGAGAGCACGCGGACAUGCAAGAGUCUCUGUCAUGACAGAGGAGUUGGCUGAAUCGGCAGCCAAAGUUAUGGACAUCAGCAAUCAUCCAAAUCGAUCCAUCAUCGAGAUUUAUCCAGGACCAGGACAACUGACACGAUCCAUGGCAUUGGCCGGCGCAAAGAAGGUUGUAACACUAGAUAACGGUGAGAUGUUCCAAAAGUCAUUAAAGGCUCUGGAAGAAAAUUCAAAAGGCAGGAUCCAACACUUUGCAUUGAAUCCACUCGGAGAACCCUAUGAUGAUCUUUUGGCCUCUGAACUAAAUGCACUGCCUGGAUUGACCCCACAACCUUGGGAUACGAUUCAAUCGGACAUCAUGCUAGUAGGAUCGAUCCCAAAUUCAGCGCUGGGAGAGAAGGCUUUUAUAGAUCUCUUGAAGGCAUCCAUGGAGCGUAUGGGUAUUUUUAGGAUGGGCCGUGUUGGAAUGUAUAUGUUUUGCUCCAAGGAAGCUGUCAAGAGAUUUACAUCACCAGCAGGGACAACAGCUAGGAACCGGCUAACGCUUCUUGCGGAAGCAGCAGCCGAAGUAUCAUCGAUCAUGGUCCCUGGAGCAAGCCACUUUCAUUUACCAUAUGAAUACGAGCUACUGCGAAUUGUUCCGCACGAGAAACCCAAGCUGGAAACUUCUUUGGAUAUAAUGGAAUUCUGCCUUAAGAGUCUUUUUACAAGCAAAUCAAUGCCUCUUAGCAAAGUCAUCAAGUUGCUUGGACCUGGAGCAGAGAUCUUGCUAGGUCGCCUGAGUUUUGACCACAACAUCAAGGUUAAAUACAUGACACUGGAGCAGGUGAACGAAGUUGCUUCCAAAUUUGAUCAGUGGCCACUUCGCCCAACGAACCUUGUGGAUGAUUUGAUCUUGCACGAAAAGAAAGAUAAACGACAUUGAUUAUUUCUUCACUUAUUUAUUUUUCUCCAUGCGCCAUCAUCCGAAUGAACAGAAAGGCUAAUUUUUGUUCUUUCAGUUUAUAAUAAGUCUUUAAUACAGAAAAAUAAUAGAAAAAUAAUAAUAAAAGGAAAAAUGAAAAUAUAAAAUGCCAUGUUUGUAUGUAUGUAUAUGUGGGUGUUGCAAAUUUGAAUUCAGUACAUCACAUUAAAAAGCACCUUCCUCAUCGUAUUCAAACUCGCCUUUGGCAAGCUCUGUCUGAAAGCUUUGAAUGACAUGAUUGCAAAUAUCAGUCAAAUCAUC